AACACAGUGACUAGCAACCCAACCAAUCAACCAUCCUGGUGGUGGUGGUAGCGGAAAUGGCAUGGGUGAUAUUGGAAGCAUUUCUACCAUUGGAAAUCAUAGUUGGCAUGCUUUUCGUGAUGGGAAAUGCUCAGGACUUUAUCCACAAAGCCACCCAUGGCUGGCCGAAGCACAUCGAUAACAACGUUUGGGAUGUGGCCAUGGAAAGACGGGACAAGAAGCUCAUGGAGAUGCUAUCCUCUUCUUCUACUCCUAAUUAACAAUCUAACUCAGGAAGCACUAUGGCCUAUCGGUAAAUUUUUGGAUCUCUUCAUGUUUUGCAAGCAUUGAAGUUGUAAGCAGACAAGUUGAAUUGUUGUCUUCCUUUUGCAGCUUACUUUAAGCUUUUGAACUCAAAAAAAAAUAAGGAACAAGCUAUUGAUGUUGAUUGCCUGGAUUUGGUAGAUGAUAAAAUAACUAUAGAUGUUUGAGUAAUAAUAAUAAUAAUAA